AUGUUGAGGUAUUUUAAGAAAAUACGAGAUGAACCUACUUCAAACAAGUCAUCUCCCCCUCCACCACCUCCUCCUCCUCCGCCUCCUCCACCAGCUCCUCUUGAUGCUGACUCAAAUGAGUAUCCUAGUGAUCCUGGGCUAAGAAAGCGCAUUCUUGAGUAUAAUGUUAAUGAAAGGGAGAUUGUUCAACCAUUGCAAAAGAUGCGGCUUUUUGUCUUUAUUGCUAUUUAUUCAAAGCGGAUCAUGUCUAGUCAAGUAGCUAUCGAUUAUCGUGUUCGUUUGACAGCAUCAAUUGAUUGCAUAAGAUUUCUUGUGCGUCAAGGAUUAGCAUUUCGUGGUCAUGAUGAAUCAACAAACUCACUCAAUCAUGGUAAUUUUCUUGACUCAAAUCUCAAAUUGACAUCGCCUGAUAUUCAGAAAGAUAUUAUCAGAUCCAUUGCUUAUUUAACCGCUAAUUCUAUUCUUGGAGAUCUCGGUGAUGAAUUAUUUACUAUAUUGGUUGAUGAGGCUCGUGAUACAUCUGUUAAAGAACAAAUGAUAGUUGCUUUACGGUUUGUAGAUGAAAGGGGAAAUAUUGUUGAGCGCUUUCUAGGCCUUGUACAUGUAAGCGACACUACUGCCUUAUCACUUAAAACUGCUAUUGAUUUUUUGUUGUGCCAACAUAAAUUAUCUAUAUCUAAUUUGCGGGGGCAAGGAUACGAUGGAGCUAGCAAUAUGAGAGGAGAAUUCAAUGGCUUAAAAAGCUUAAUUAUGAUGGAAAACCCUUCUGCUUAUUAUGUUCAUUGUUUUGCUCAUCAACUGCAGCUUACACUUGUAGCUGUUGCUGAAAAUCAUAUAAGAAUUUCUACUUUUUUUGAUGUGGUUGCACAAUUAAACAAUAUUGUUGGAGCGUCAUGCAAGCAAAGAGAUAUACUUUGUGAGAAACAAUUUGAAAAAGUUAUUAAAGGAAUUUACAAUGGUGAUAUCUUCACUGGACAAGAGGAGGGAAAAGAUCACAAGCAAAGGGCACAAGCAAAUAAUCUGUUGGAAUUGAUUGGAAAAUAUGAAUUUAUAUUUCAGAUGCACUUAAUGAAGAAUAUCUUGGGAGUCACGAAUGAUUUGUCGCAAGCUUUACAAAGAAAAGAUCAAGACAUUGUAAAUGCCAUGAUUCUUGUAAGAUCAAGCAAACAUCAGCUGCAAACUAUGAGAGAUGAUGGUUGGGAUUUGUUACUGAAUGAAGUUUCUUUAUUUUGUGUUAUGUAUGAGGUAGUCACCCCGCACAUGGAAGACUUGUUCGUCUUUCAUGGGAGAUCAUGA